AAACUGGCUAUAUAUCAUAGAAGGGGAGUCCCCGUAUUCCAGAACGAGGCAAACGGAAAAUAGAUGGUGGAAAUUCCAUGUUUUACAACCAGCAGACCAUUUUCGUAUUUGUCACGGUCAUAUCUGUUUGCUUACGACUUGUCAAGACGGAAAGAGGGAACAUGUCUUCAAAAAAAAGUAAAGAGUAUGAAUUCCCUGACACCUUAGCUGAUUUUGGGUAUGGCUUCAAUGAUGAGGGACAGUUGCGCCACCUGGAGACUAAGGAAGCAUACCAGUUCCAGGUUAGGGAAGAUGAUCUGGAGUAUAACCAGAAACACUAUGAGGCAAUAGGAGAGAUCAUCACAGAAAAUGUAUACAGUAUGCUAGAAAAGGACUGUGAACUACAGAAACUCGAACUCCCAAAAGAUGCUGAAGAAAAUGAGCCGAAGACCUUUUUCUUUAUGUCCGAUGAUGUGAUGACUGCCAAACGACUGAUGAUUCUGAUCCAUGGGUCUGGGGCUGUGAGGGCAGGGCAGUGGGCCAGAAAGUAAGAUCUUAUAUACAUC